ACCCAACCCGAUCCGAUCCAUGUUCAUCCCAUCUUUUGCUGGCUUGCUGCUAAAGUGCUAAUGCUAUGCCUGUGGCCACGAAAUUCUAGCUGGUUCGUGAAGCAGAAGCAGGGGGCAGGCACAUCUCCAAAAGAUAGGUUUCUGGAACUGGAAAUCAAUCUUCUCAAGCUGCGAAAACGAAUUACUGACGAGGGGAAGUAAUAAAAGGCUGGUUGGUAGUGUUGAAGCCCUCGAGUCGUUGAAUUCUCAUCUCAGCCUUUUACAGAAGAAGUGGAUAAGAGGUUCUCCAACAUGACUACCACAGUGUCCCUCCAGCUCUCCAAUUUCCCUCCUCCUUCCCCAUUACCUCCAUCUUUUCCGGCAACACAUUCAGCCUUCUUUCGCCGGGCUCCAUCUGGGCACGCCGGAUGGGCAAAAGGAUUGGUAGCAAAUGGCAGUGGCCGGAGGUGGAGAAACGCUGGGCCGUUGUUAGUCGGUCGAGAAGAUAUUGAAUUGCGAGUUCCAGAAGCAGAAGAAGGCGAUGAUGACGAGGACUAUGAAGAUGACGACGAUGAUGAUGAAGAAGAAGAUGUGCCGCCAUCCCCUCAGGACCUCGAAUACAUUCAAGAAAUCAAAAGGGUACUGGAGCUGCUGAAGAAGAACCGAGACAUGAUUUUCAACGAGGUUAAGCUGACUAUAAUGAUCGAGGAUCCAAGAGAAGUGGAGAGGAGGAAGAUGUUCGGUAUUGACGAUCCUGAUGCCCCUACCAGGGAAGAACUUGCUGAAGCUCUAGAAAUGGUCAAUGAGGGCAAGGUUCCCAGAAACCGCUUGGCACUCCGAAUGCUAGCAGAUGAAAUGACGAAUUGGCCUAACUUAGAGGUGGAGGUAUCAAAGAAGAGCAAGCCAACCAAAUCAUUGUACGCGAGGGUCACCGACACAGGUAUAGAUCUUAAAGAGGCUGCGAAGAGACUGAAAACUGACUGGGAUUCAGCCGCCGAGAUUGAAGAUUCUGAAAACAGUGAUGACUCAGAAGUACCUUCAGCUGUGGGCUAUGGAGCUCUAUAUUUGGUCACAGCAUUCCCUGUCAUCAUCGGUGUUUCAGUGGUACUGAUCCUAUUUUAUAAUUCUCUGCAGUAAGCAAUAGAUUCUCUUAAUCUUCCUCAUAACUACAUUUUGUAUCUACCUUCUACAUUUCUGUAUAUUAAUACUAUUCAUGGAAAAGUCAAUGGCUUAUAUGCAACCCUCAUCUCUCUGUCUUCCCCACCAUAUACUUUAUUCAUGUACCCUGCUCGUGGGUGGUGUGCCUCUAACAAUCUGUAAACAUGUAAAUCACAACUUGCUGCUCAGCUCAGGCAGACAUGGCGCCCACGUCUUGUAAAGUUCCAUUGUGCACUCACUGUAUAAAUCCAGUCCCUUACCCCCAUCCAACAUCUCCAUCGAAGCAACUCUAAGCCUGGUAAAUCUUCAACGCCAUGGCUCUCGUUGCUUCUGAUUUGGGGCAGCUUUCGGCUCCCAGGAAAAUGUUCCACAACAGGAGUGGGAUGUACGAGUACGAUCUCGAGUUCGAUGUCUGCGCAACCGCGGAGCGUUUCCACGACCUGCAGUUUGCCGCCGCGGCCACUGGGGAAUACUUGGCUCCUUCCUGGAGUCCUCCGCAACAAACGGAGAAGCAGAUUUCCGUCGACCCAGUGUCGCUCAGGCUGCCGCCGAUCGUGACGGCUCCCAAAAUUCCGCCGCCGUCGCCGCAGGCUAAGCCUCCGCUCAUCAGCUGCAGCCUUCCCAGCUCUCCGCGGUUCGGGUACUGGCUGAAGAAGAAAUUCAAGAACGAGAGCCAGGCCUCCCCCCGCCAAAUCGACGGCAUGGCUCGCCGGAAAGGCUCCACCGUUUACCCUCAUCAGCAGCAGCACCUCCACCAUCCCCGCCUCACGCUGGAACAGGAGAUUCACAUGCGGCGGAGCAAGUCGUGCGCCGAAGGGAGAUCGAGCGCCGCCGACGAGCUCGACAUGUGGUUCAAGAAUCCGGACGAAUCGACCACCGAUUCCGACACCAAUUCUUCCCCGAGGACGAUCUCGCCGAUGGCCAGGAAGAAGAAACACGAGGUGGAUCUCGACGAAGACGAAUUCAAAUGUGGCGCGCUCUGCCUGUACCUCCCCGGAUUCGGCGGCGGCGGUGGGAAGGCGAGGCCGGUGAGGGAGAGGAAGGCGAUGGUGGUGGAAUCUGGAGCGACGACGAUGAGGGAGAGCAUCAUUUCCAGGACGGUGUCGCUGGAGAAAUUCGAGUGCGGUUCGUGGGCUUCGUCGGCGGUUGUCAAUGACAAUGACGCAGGCGACUCGACGCGGUUUUACUACGAUUUGCCGAUGGAGCUGAUCAAGACCGGCGGGAGCGAGACUAAUUCGCCGGUGGCGUCGGCGUUUGUGUUUGAGAAGGAGCGUAGAGGGGUGUUGAGGAGCUGCUCGACGGCGAGGGCCGCGGCGGCAGCAGCGGCGCACAGGAAGUCUCACGAGUCGUCGUUCAGGCACGUGAGGUUCUCUUCGUCGUCUUCGGGUUCGAAUCCUUCGUCUCCGGCUGCGUGCAUUACGCCGCGGUUGAGGAAGGCGAGGGAGGAAUUCAACGCCUUCCUGGAAGCGGAAGCCAGGAGCGCCUGAAUGAAUUCACAGUCAAUUACUCUGGUCUUGGUUGAAUGCUAUCUUUCUCUCUUUUCGGUUGACAUUUAGUUAUGGGCUUUUUGAAUGUCAAAAGUGAUGGGCUUUAAUGCUGUAAGGAAGGGGCCGAGAAGGUAGUGGAUAUGGGCUUCGCUAGGCCUUUAGCAGGGCGAUCAGUCCAAACAAUUUCAUCUACACUUCAGAGUUUGCUUUCUCAAAAUUGCAACAUUUGGUAUGGAGACUUCUGUGUCUCAUCCAACUUAAUGAUACAUUUUUCAUGGCUGAUAGUGAUAAUGUCGAU